GUCAAAGUUACCAUACAACCUAUGGUUAUGUGGGUUAUGUUUAAGAACCACAAUGUUUAUUUUUUGAAAAGUUUAUAAUAUUGUUUUAUUUUUACAAAUUAUUAGACACAGUAAAUUUUAAUAAUGGAACAUUGCAGUUCUGUAGAAUCAUUAAAAAUCGAAAUAAAGGAAUUGCAGGAGAAAUUAAAGCAAAAACAAAAAUUAUUGGAAGAGUUACUGAAAAAAGAUAAUGAUACUAUUGCUGAAAGUAAAACUAUUUCAACCAACGAAAUUAUCAGAUACAGCCGGCAAAUGAUUAUGCCAGAUAUCACCAUAGAUGGACAAAAAGCACUAAAGAAUAGUAAAGUUCUUAUUGUAGGCGUAGGGGGUUUAGGAUGUCCUGCAGCUUUAUAUCUAGCUACUGCAGGAGUAGGAAAAAUAACUUUAGUUGACUAUGAUGAAGUUGAAUUAUCCAAUCUUCAUAGACAAGUUUUACAUAGUGAAGAUGAUAUAGGUGUACCAAAAGUUAUGUCAGCUUAUAAUAAGCUUAAAAGAAUUAAUAGUGAUAUCAAAAUUAUCCCAAUCAGAGAGCAUGCUAAUAGUAAAACUAUAGAAAACCUUUUACAUAACAACAAAUAUGAUGUAGCUAUAGAUGGUACCGAUAAUGUAGCCACCAGAUACUUACUAAAUGAUAUUUGUGUAUUGCAUAAUAUACCUUUAGUAUCUGGCAGUGCCCUUCAGAUGGAGGGACAGCUGACAGUAUAUCAUUACAAAGAUGGACCUUGCUACAGAUGCCUCUUUCCAGUUCCACCACCAGCACAUACUGUUACUAAUUGUGGAGAUGGGGGCGUCUUAGGACCAGUUCCUGGAACAAUAGGUGUGUUACAAGCACUAGAGACUAUUAAAAUUAUAACACAAUCAGCUGGUGUGCUUUCUGGAAGAUUUCUUAUCUUUGAUGGAUCUACAUCGACUUUUAGAAAUGUGAAAUUGAGACCUAGAAAUCCUAAAUGUGAUGUGUGUGGUGAUGAACCUACUAUCACUACUUUGAUAGACUAUGAACAAUUUUGUGGAUCUAGUGCUCAUGAUAAGGUGGUAAAUAUAAAUAUUCUGGACAAGGAGCAAGAGAUAGACAUCAAUAAAUUUUGUGUUUUAAAAGAGCGUUCAGUUGUGAUAGAUGUUAGACCGGAAUUAGAGUUUAAGAUGUGUAGUUUAUCCCAUACUCUCAAUUACCCUUAUACAAAAAUUUUAAAGGAUACUAAAGAAUUCCAAACUUUUGUAGAGGAUAAUAUUGGAACCUCAAACAAUGUUUUUAUUCUGUGCAGAAGAGGAAAUGAUUCGCAGAGAGCUGUAUGUUACAUAAAGGAUAAAAUGGGAGACAAAGAUAUUCAUUUUUAUAAUGUGAAGGGUGGAUUACACGCUUAUGCCAAAGUAAUAGAUCCAUCAUUUCCUAUUUAUUAGAUGCAUAUAAUUAUAAAAGAUAAGAGAUAAAAGAUAUUUAUAAAAGAUAAAGUAUAACCAAAUGCAAACUUCACAUAUUGUCAUUUUUAUAUUGUUAUAUUUGUAAAAAAUUAAUAAACGUAGAUGAAGAAAAAUUAAA